GGCUCAGAAACUGGCCACCAAGGGCGGUCCGGCGGGCGCGCGCUUGCGCCGUACCAUCGCGAUUGGGAAAAAAAAACCGCAUUAGAAGCGGGCGGGGGUAUGUCACAAAAUCCCCAUUUGCCCUAGGUUGUGAGCAGAAAUUCGGCAUCUUCUCCGGGUCUGAAAUGGCCGAUUUUGGUGGCCCAGCCCGGGUUCUUUGGUUUGCGGUUUUCCACAUACCUUCUUGGCCAGGAGGCCAGUUUGUCAUGCAGGGGGCUAGAAAGGAUGCCCCGCUGCGAA